CCGAGGCGGACAAGGGGAGGCCGCGGGAGACAGGGUGACGUUGAUGAUGCCGCGCUGAGAGCUCCAACCCCACCUGGGUGGCAUGGCGGACCGACCUGUCACCGCCGCGAAGACCAUAGGGAAGUCCCGGACGGGACUCGGGAACCCAAAAGUAUUUAGCAGAUUGAUGGUGUCGAAUAAGGGCGAGAUAAUUCCGUAAACCCGUUCGCGGGCUUCUACAAAAUGAGGGCACGGUCCGUACCAAUACUACGGCUCUCCGUCCUUUUGGUUUCCCAGGACUACGCCCCGCUAGGAGGUGAUCAUCUUCAUGAAAGAGCUACCGAGGAGAAGAGUCGAGCAGUCAUCUACCAGCCGGGCUGUGGUUAGCUUCACGAUAGCCGAUGACAGAGCAUUACAUAACGACUGACGGCUAAGACCUUACGCGGGCUUGACAUACACAGAGUAUUCAAAAUCUCAAGCCCCCUCUCGAUCUGCUUGUCUUCCCGGGGCUGCCAACCAAUUGUUAUUCGAAGGUGAAACGACGACGACGACGACGACGACGACGACGACAUAACCAUGGCUCAGGACGCAAAGACCCCAGAGUUGUUGGACCUCACCAUUGACAACAUCACACCAAACACAAUCAGGAUCAACAACCAGGGUGACAAUGAGCGUCUCAAAUAUCUCCUUGAACGACUCGUCACUCAUCUGCACGACUUUGCGCGCGAGACCCGACUGAGUACCGACGAGUGGAUGACGGCAUUGAUGUUCCUGACCAAGGCCGGGCAGAUUUGCAGUGACGUCCGGCAAGAGUUCAUCCUCCUCUCCGACAUCCUCGGCUUGUCCCUCUUGAUAGAUAGUAUAAACCACCCCAAGCCGCCCAACGCCACCGAAGGUUCCCUUCUGGGCCCCUUCCACACGCACGACGCGCCCACCUUGGAGAAUGGGGCGAAGAUGGCCAGCGACCCCGAGGGUGAGCCCAUGCUCGCGAUCUGCACCGUCCGAGACACUGAGGGCAACCCCGUGGCGGGCGUCAAGAUCGAUAUCUGGGAGACCGACAGCAGUGGGCACUACGACGUUCAGCACUCGGAUCGCGGCGAGCCGAGUGAGCGGUGCAUCCUCGUGAGUGACGAGCAGGGGCGCUUCUGGUUCAAGGGGAUCAAGCCCGUCAGCUACCCCAUCCCGCACGACGGGCCCGUGGGCAAGCUGCUGGUGCUGCUGGGCAGGCACUGCUACCGGCCGGCACAUGUGCAUUUCAUGUUUGAGAAGCCGGGUUGGGAUCACUUUAUCACCGCGCUAUACCUCCGUGAUGAUCCGUAUGAGAAAUCCGAUGCUGUCUUCGGUGUUAAGAAGAGUUUGGUGAUUGACCUGGACAAGGUAGACAAGAAGACGGCGCAGGAGUAUGAUGUGCCGGAAGGGAUCUGGUUGCUGAAGAAGGACUUUGUCAUUAUUACCGAGAAGGAGAGCCUGGCGUUGAGAGACGAACAAGCAAUGAAGGCGCUCAAGGCUCAGGGACUCAAGAUGAAGCUGGUUGACCAUUUGCCGGUUCCUGAUGUAGACUGAACUGUAUCAUACACCCUCCUGUUCAAUUGAGCGCAUCCAAUAUAUAUUGUUCAAAUCCCCCAUCGCCCGUGGGAGGCCGUAGCAACCCCAGCUUCGGAAAUAUGGUUUGUUAUCCCAAAGGCAGGAAAUGUGGUAUUGUGUGUCAUGAUCCCCUGAGCUACAUUCCUAUCGUUUCUCGUCGUCUAUGAAUGUGGCAUAGCUAACCAUGGCCGUCUUGAGUAGACGUCCGCUUCACCGUGCGGUCUUGCGGGUUUUGCAAGAAUGCAAAAUUGAAGACGCUGAUGCAUGUUAACCUCCUUCCUCCAUUCGAGGCUUCCUAGUGACCGCGAGCCGAUGCCUUGAGCAGCUUGAUGACGUUCUCGUAGAACCCUUGCGUUCCGCCAUACUUCUCCAAGACGGCCUGCACAUCGAAAUCCGCAUUUUCGGCCAAGCUUCGACCCACAAAUGCUGUGUUUCUCGUGCUUGGGAUGCGCAGCAUCUCCUUCUCGACCUUCCAGCCACAGUCCUUUGCGAUCUCAACAACCCAGGCGCAAAGGGAGUUGUACGCGGAUGGUGACUCUGCCUUGUCCUUUGGUGGUGGAGCGCGGAAUCUGGCACCUGUCAAGUUGUGACUACAGCAUGGAAUCAUGAUGAAUGGGCAGUCCGAGAGUCUCGCCAGGAUGGGUGUCCACGGUGUGAGCUCAUCGGCGUGGUUCGAGAUUAUGAAUGUCUUGGGAGGAAAGACUCCAUCGUGGAUCAACCCAUCAUGGGGCAUAUCCUCGCCGCCUGGUUGCGCACCACCCACGACAGAUGGCAGGAGUACGCGUGUCUCCAAUGACUGUCGCUCUACAAAGCUGUCGGUUGGAUUCCGGACUCGGACUUCAGUGCUGUACUUUGGCCAUGACCUUCUUGCCCGCGCAUCGAACCCCCAUCCAGGGUAGUUCUCACUGUUCAAGAUGUAGGUGAGGAGGCCAUUGCCACAGCCAAUGUCUACCCAGCCAGGGAACUCGGAGUCCUUGUACAUUUCCUCCCACAGUUCGAUGAGGAAGGCCGCAAUACAGAUAUCCUCAAAGACAUGUUUGCCGGGGUCAGUGACCUCCUCCCAUCCCUCAACAAGGGACCGAGCGUACUUCUUUUUCAAAGUAGCGUACCUGUUCUGAAGUGCCACCUGUGGAACCAGUACAUCGUGGUGAACACGCUUUUUAUAGCCAUCCGCUUGGCCGUGGCCGUGCCUGUGCAAAACCCUCAGCAGGUUGAGUGCCGUCCUCGAGAGCUUCUCAUCUCGCUCGCUCCCAUCAAAGAGGCAGUAGCUGAUAGAGAUGGUGCCACGAGAAUGUCCCGGAUCCCAAUCAUGCAGAAAGGCGAUGCCUCGCACGGCUGGAUGAUAAUAGGGAAUAUCAGACUCUGACUUAGAGUGUGGAAGGUAAGUGAUCAGAGACCGCUGCAAGCCUUGCGGCGUGGAACCCUGGUAAAAGACACAGGUCUGAUCGAGAGGCUUAUCUCGCAGCUCAUUGCGAGGGAUCAUCCGACGAACUAAACGCCGGGUUUCCUUGAGCCCUGAGAAGCCUGGGACCGGUGGCUGGCCGUCGAACGAAACAUCAGAGACUUCUGAGCCAGCGACCUGGUCCAGCAGAAUGUCGGCUCGAAAAAGCCAGGAGGAGUUGAUAUUCGGGUUGCGGAUCAAAUUUAGCAUCACCUGGUCAAAUAUGACCGGGUCGAAUCGUAUCUCAUGCUUAAACAAAGGCGUCCAGUCAGAGCGGCUACUGCCGGCUCCCGCCUCCUCGAAGAUCUGGUGGGAGACAGCCGAUGCUUUGUUGCUGGCGUCGCUAAGAUCAUCAGGUGCGAAAGGCAUCUGUGUGUUGAGGCGUUGAGGCAUUGAGGCGUUGAGCAGGGCGGCCUGCAGAGGCAUCCAUCAGACUUGAGAAGAAAACCUCUUUUGAUGUGACCCGCCGAAGGAUGACCUCAUG